ACACGAAAGAAAUCUCCUCCCCUUUCUGCAUCUUUCUUUCCCCGACCCCCGUCUCCGCUUCUCUCUUCUCGAGAGCGCCGCACGCGAGAUCGGGAGGAGGAGGAGCCGGCGGAGGAGCCAGCGGCCGGCAGCCCUGACCCCCCCCGGGUGCUGUAGCGGUCGCUCCCCACCCGCGUCGGCGGCGCGGCCUCGCGGACGCGGCGCCCCCCUGAUACCCUCGGCCCGCGCGCGGGGGCAGCGAAUGCCGUGUGCUGCCGCGUAGGGUCCGGUGGUUGCGAGGGCGGGUGUUGAGUGCUGCGGAAGGGAGGGAAGCGGUGCUUGGGCGGCGGUUCGGUGGGAGAUCCGGUGAGCGGGGAUGCAGCAGGAGCAGCGGAAGAAGAGUUCUGCAGAGGCCGAGUUCUUCACGGAUUAUGGAGAUGCAAACCGGUACAAGAUCCAAGAAGUCAUUGGUAAGGGAAGCUAUGGGGUUGUGUGCUCGGCCAUUGAUCUGCACACUCGACAGAGAGUGGCCAUAAAGAAGAUACACAAUAUAUUUGAGCACGUCUCUGAUGCCGCAAGGAUCCUUCGUGAGAUCAAACUUCUCAGACUCCUAAGGCAUCCUGACAUUGUUGAGAUCAAGCACAUUAUGUUACCACCCUCGAGAAAGGACUUCAAGGAUAUUUAUGUUGUUUUCGAACUUAUGGAGUCUGAUCUCCACCAAGUUAUAAAGGCCAACGAUGACUUGACGAAGGAGCAUUACCAGUUCUUUCUCUAUCAACUACUCCGAGCCCUCAAAUACAUUCAUACUGCUAAUGUUUAUCACCGUGACCUGAAGCCCAAGAAUAUUUUAGCGAACUCUAACUGCAAACUGAAAAUAUGUGACUUUGGACUAGCACGAGUUUCAUUCAACGAUACCCCGACAACAGUAUUCUGGACGGAUUAUGUUGCAACAAGAUGGUACAGAGCUCCUGAGCUUUGUGGAUCCUUCUUCUCCAAGUAUACACCAGCUAUUGAUAUUUGGAGCAUUGGAUGCAUCUUCGCCGAGGUGUUGACAGGGAAGCCAUUAUUUCCUGGUAAAAAUGUUGUCCAUCAGUUAGACUUGAUGACUGAUCUUCUAGGCACACCAUCAAUGGAUACAAUUUCUCGGGUUCGGAAUGAGAAAGCAAGAAGGUACUUGAGCAGCAUGAGAAAGAAAGACCCAGUUCCAUUUUCUCAGAAGUUUCCCAAUGCAGAUCCUUUGGCACUUAAACUAUUGGAAAAGCUAUUAGCAUUUGACCCAAAGGACCGUCCAACUGCAGAAGAGGCAUUGCGUGAUCCAUACUUCAAAGGUCUUGCCAGGGUUGAAAGAGAGCCAUCCUGUCAGCCAAUCAAAAAAGCUGAAUUUGACUUUGAGCACAAAAGAAUGUCAAAGGAAGAGAUAAGGGAGUUGAUAUUCCGUGAGAUACUGGAAUAUCACCCUCAAUUGCUGAAUAGCUACAUAAACGGCACAGAGAGGACAACCUUUCUCUACCCAAGUGCUGUUGAUCAAUUUAAGAAGCAGUUUUCUCAUCUCGAAGAAAGCGGUGGUAAUGGCCCAUCAGUCCCAAUGGAUAGAAAACAUGCGUCCCUUCCCAGGACUACCGUUGUUCACUCGAAUCCCAUUCCUGCCAAGGAACAACCUCUUGCUGCCUCAUCGAGGGUUAGACCAGUCUCUGAUGAUUCAUGCAAGAAUCCUUGGGAGAAAGAAAGAGGUCCUGGAAAUGUUCCCAGGGCAUCUCUGCCUCCACAAGGGCUGCAAGCACAAGCAGGUAUUUCUGUGUUCAUUUACUACAGCUGGCUUGCUGAUAUAUUUCGACUCAUGAUGGGUCUUUUUUCUGAGAUUAUUUCCUUUUUGACAACAGGACCAGGAAGAGUUAAUGGCUCAGUGAUGAAUUCAGGGUAUCCUUCCCAUCAGCAAAUCCCACAAGCAUAUGGUUACCAUCAAAUGCCUGCAAGAUUGGACAGUACCAACCAAUCACAAGCCAUGGGUGGUUAUACACUGCAUUCGCAGGCCCAUGCUUGUGCAAACAGCAAAGGCACGUCUGAUGUCGCAGUAAACAUGAGAGCACCCCCGUUCCAUGUUCCAGCUGGCCCCAAGAAUAACCCGCUAGAUAGAAUAGCAUCAGGGACUGACAUAUACACAAGAUCUCUUAACGGCAUUGUUGCUGCCGCAGCAGCAUCAGUUGGCACUGGUACUGGUACUCACAGAAAUGUUGGUGUUGUGCCCUCCGGCAUGUCAAGGAUGUAUUAGCUUGCUGCAGUGGUUGCAAAUCUUAGCUAUAUGGUCACAGCUUCAUCAGGACUAGCCUGGAAGAAGUGGCAUAUGAUAUAAGCAAUUCAUAAGAGGUGACCCCAAGAGUCUUGGGCUCCUGUCCUCUUUUACCCGUUGUUUGUACGCCAUCUAUUCAGGCGGAAAAUGGUGCCCAUUCGUGCACAACUGAAGUAUCGAUUAAUUGAUUUUUUAAUGGAAAUCACUACUUUGUUAGAGUAAAA